UAUGUGACAAUCGGACGUUCGGUGUCAAUUGUUCAUCAACUUGCCAUUGUCUAAAUAAUACAAAUUGCAACAGUACAACAGGUGUAUGUGAUAAUGGUUUGUGUGAUUCCGGUUGGCAAGGUCCUGCAUGUGAUCAAGUAUGUAACAAUGGUACCUUUGGAUAUAAUUGCUCAUCAUCAUGCCAUUGUCUUAAUGAGUCACAUUGCAACAGCACAACAGGGGAAUGCCAAAUCGGAGUAUGUGAGUCAGGUUGGCAAGGUCCUGCAUGUGACCAAGCGUGUGAUAAUCGUACCUUUGGUUAUAAUUGUUCCUCAACUUGCCACUGUUAUAAUGGCACAAGUUGCAACAGUUCUACGGGCGAUUGUGAUGCUGGUUCAUGCGAUUCCGGUUGGCAAGGUCUUAGUUGUAGCGCAGUAUGUGAUCGUCGAAGAUUUGGCGAUGCCUGUUCAUCAUCAUGCCAUUGUCUGAAUGAUUCAAAUUGCAACAGUGCAACAGGAGAAUGUGAGAUUGGGUCAUGUGAUCCUGGUUGGCAAGGCUAUAGUUGUGACAAAGUUUGUAGCAAUCGUCGAUUCGGUUUUAAUUGUUCGAACACGUGCCAUUGUUAUGAUAAUGCAACUUGCAACGAAACGACAGGAGUAUGCACAGGUCCCGGGUCCUGUGAUCCUGGUUGGGAAGGAUCAAGCUGCAGUAAAUCAUCAGCAGAAAGUACCGACAAUUCCAGCGGAUCUACAGGUGCAGCAGUAGGGGGUGCAGUAGGAGCGACUGUUCUAGUUGUUCUGGGUGUGGUUAUAGGAUUAAUACUGUUCAGAAGAAUACGAUCCUCAAAAAAGAACAAUGGUCAGGAAACCAAUUUUUCUCAUCUUGACGAAGCCCUGUCUAACAGAACAAAGGCUCAAAGAAGAACGAACCAGGGUGCGCAUGUAAACAGAUUGUAUGAAGAUGAGCAAGAAACAAGUAUGGCUGGUACAAGCGCUAGUGAUUACUACAGCUUUAAUGAACAUUUGACGGGAAUCAAGAUUCACGAAUUAUGGGAUUACAUACGCAACAAAAUGGAAAACAAAUGUGAACAGUUGAUUUCGGAAUUUAAGACUUUGCAACAAGGACUUGUUCAUCCUUGUAGAUCCGCGGACCAUAUAUCUAACCGAGGCAAAAACCGGUACAAGGAUAUGUAUGCUUAUGAUCACACUCGAGUUAUUUUGGAUGAUGACUGUGAACCAGGAGAUGAUAUACAUGGAGGUUACAUUAAUGCAUGUUAUAUAGACGGUUAUGAGAAGGUUAAAAAGUUCGUUGCAUCACAAGGACCAACAAAGAAUAUGGUAGAUGAUUUCUGGAGGAUGGUGUGGCAGCUUAAAUCAGACAAAAUUGUUAUGCUCACUAACUUAAUUGAAAUGGGCACGACAAAGUGUUUGCAAUACUGGCCUAAAGAAGAGGACGGGGAAACUGAAUGUACCUUUGGAGACAUAGUUAUAAGACUACUAGAAAUAGAAAAGUUCCUUGACUACAACAUACGUGUGUUUGAGGUCACAAAGAACGGAGAAGAGUCCCGUAGAAUUCGGCAAUUUCAUUUCAAGUCCUGGCCAGAUAAAGAUGUUCCUGAUAGCACUUGGUGCCUUGUCAAUUUUUGGAGGGUUGUUGAUACGAACAUUGCAUCAAAUGCAGGACCAAUAGUCGUACACUGCAGCGCCGGAGUUGGUAGAACAGGAACUUUUAUUGGGCUUGACAAUUUGGUGAAUCAAGCACGGUUGGAGGGUUGUAUACGACCGCUACAGGUUGUUCAGAACUUGAGGUCACAGCGAGUCAACAUGGUACAGACAAAGGAGCAGUACAUAUACUUACAUGAGGCAGCUGCAGACGCCAUGUAUUUUGGUACCCACAUUAUUUGGACAAAGCAGUUUAGAGAUGUGCUGGAAUUUAUGAUACAAAAAGACAAGGUUGACGCACGGACAAGAUUACAGAUACAAUUUGAGCUUAUCGAGAAAAGUGUUGUGAACUCCUCAUCAGAGGUAGCAGAAAGCCCGGAAUAUUCUAAUGUGGAUACCCUUCUUUCAGAAAGUGCUGCAUACAGACCGAAAUUCAUGAACAAGGGGUCAACAUUUGUGCAGCGUUUGGGUGCCAUGUGUAUCACUAAUUACAAGGGAAAGAGCACAUUUCUUGUGUCAAUGUCACCAGAUAAAGAUACAAUGGAAGAGUUUUGGUCUCUUGUUGACGACAACAACAUCAAGACAGUUAUAAUGCUUACAGAACAGUCAUCUUCAUGCUAUCAGUCAAGCUGUGAACUGGGUUCAGGUUCUGGGAACAGAUUUAGCGUUAACAAAAUAGAAGAGAAAAGGAGAAAGGGUUAUACCCAGAGGACCUUCACCUUCAAGGAAAGUGUAAGGGAGGAGGAAGAUCACUUAACAACGUUGAAGCAAUUUGAAUACACAGCUUGGAAAGAUGGAUACCCGUCUCCAGGUGACACAACCUCAUUCCUGGAUAUGAUAGAAGCCGUGUUAAAAUGGCAGCCGCAUUUGUCGGAGUCACAGCCAGUACUUGUUCAUUGCGGUGACGGUUGUACAAGAUCUGGUAUAGUAUGUGUGCUCCUGAACGAGCUUCAAAGGAUGAAAUAUGAAGGAGGCCACGUUAACAUUGUAGAGUCUGUUAAAAUGAUGAAGAAACGACAGAGACAUCUUAUAACCAACUAUGAGCAAUACAAGUUCUGUUUUGAUCUGAUUAUGGAUCACAUCAAACGAACAGAAGAUUACCAGAACCUAUAAACUAUUAGCUUCACAGUCGAGCAACAUGGUGUUAAAACAGAGCUAUUAUAAAUAUUUAAUAUUACUAUGUGUACAGUAUAUAAACUUUUUAAUUCAUAAAUGUAAUCAAACCGAGCUUGCAAACAUUUAAAUUUUUGCCGGUUUUGACGUCCUUAAGGGAUUCAUUUGUUCUCUAUUUGUAAUAUUACGUGCUCAUUAAUCCAGAAUAUUGUCCAAGAAUCUUUGGUAAGAUAUAGUGUCUCAUGUUUAAUUUUAUCAGUCUAAAUGAUCAUAUAUAUAAGACAACUAUUUAUGAUGAAUACAUUGUAAUAAAUGCUGAUUUUAAGGGCUCUUGUAAGUAUAUGAGAAUAUUUUAUUUUACUUCCUUCAAACCUAUUGUCUAUAUUUUAUCAGUUUUGUCAUGUAGUCCUCUCGUGAGAAAAAUUACUGCUUUCCUUAGACAAAUGUAUUUUUAGAGCCAUUUAGAAAGAAUUAUUUACUAGAGUGGUUAAAUGUGAAUCUUUAUCACUUCAUUUAAAACGUUAAUUGUAUGGUACAAAACAAUCGUUUAUAUAAGAUGAUAUGUGAUAUAAGUCACUGAUUUAUUGAUUUGUUUUUCUCUCUUUGUUUUGCUUCAUUUAAGUAGUAUGUCUUGUUUGUAUCAUAAGCGUUGUCGAUUUUCAUAGACAAACUUAUUUCUAAAUUCUCAUACAUCUUUAGGAUAGUCAUUAUGAAAGUCAUGAGUGCUUCAAAAUGAUGUUCACCAAACGCGUUUUGUUAGAUUAACACAAAUAUCUUGCUGUUAUAUAGUAUGUUGAUUACUCGUGAUUAGUGCUUGUACAUUGCUUUUGAAACUAUCAAUAACUAAGAUAUCCGCGGACUUAAAUUAUAUGUGGUAUUCACGUUUUAUCAUUUCACCUAUAUUAUCAAGAACUUGACAACAGCCAAUAUAAUGUAUGUAGGUUUCAAAUGUAGCAUAUUCCCUUCAGGAUUAAUAUUUAACUUUUACACUUUUGUAAAAACUUUUCGCACGAACAAAGAGUACCAAAACUGAUAAAAAGAAGAGUUCGUAUUAGACACUUAACGUAACAAAGCCGUCAAAUUAUUUGACACUGUAUUAUUGGACAACUUGCGGUGAUUAUAUCCUUGUGUUUGCUGGUUCAGAUAAGAUUCAGUUGAUUUUUGUCUCGAAUGACCACACCAUGUUUAUUUUCAUGAAAGAUGUUUCAAAGCUUUAAAGUGUGGUUGAAAUGCUUUCUUUUUUAUAACUAAUGCAGUAUGUGCCCAUGUUAUAUUUCUAUUGCUUAUGCUUAUAAAUAUUUCU